AAACGUGCUGCAAUGCGUGUGAGGAGGUUCUCGAUCUUGAUCGUGCUGAGUAGGUUUAGUUCUUUGCGAGUAACGAAAGAGUGUGGUUGUUAACGGUGCAAGUGAUAGAUAGGCUAAAUGCAAUGCACAUUUAUUUGAAAGAAAAGAAAAAGUAACAACAAAUUGUGCGAAUGCUAAAGAAAGUAAAUGUGUUCAGAAAGUUGAAGUCGAAGAGUAUACGUAGUGAAGGAAGCUCUGACUUGAUUAAUAUUCCUCGUGCAGUUGCGGGUUGCGUUUAGAAUUUUUAAUUUGACGUGCUUUGGUGUUAAAAACCGAAAUUAUUGACUCACUACGCAGUGGAAAAUAAAAAAAGAACAUCAACAAAAUAAAUAAUUAAUAAAAAAUAAACUAAACGACAAUAAAAAAAAACAACAACAAACAAAAAAAAAAGAAAAACAGUAAAAUUGCCGCUAAUUUACGGGUGCGAAUCUACUGAACAUGGAGGAUGUGCUGGGCGAUGAGCAGACCAGCUGCAAUCGAAAACUUCAGCUUGGCAACAGGUUUUAUCAAAGCCAACAAUUGAUAACGACAACAAAAACAUCGAAAAUGACGACGAUGAUGAUGACGAUCUUUGCCGCAGUGGCGAUCAUUUUUAUUUUGCCUUUGCAAACGCAAGGAACCGAAAUAAUGCAAACACAAACUCAAUUUGAAAAUAACGAUAAUGUUAUUGUCGAUAAUACAGAAUCACAUACGGAAACCAUAUUAAAUGAGAUAAACGAAGUACCCGAAGUAAAAAAUUUACCCCAAGACGCGGAUAUGGAAGAUUUAGAAGAAUCGAUUAGGAAUUCUGUUAAAACAGAAAUUGAAAUGGAGAAAAAUACUAGCACAUCAGCUUUGCUGAAUGUCAUAAAUAGUAUACCAGAAGCUGAUUUGCGUGAAACUCUGACACAGGACAUACUCUCUACGGAUUAUAUACCGAAAAAUCAAAAUCCCAAUGAAAAACACGAAGGAAGUCAACAGGAAACUGUAAACGAGCAAAAAGAAAUUGUUACAACUGCCGAAAGAGAAACUUUGGCGACUGAGUUAGCUGAUGAGCCAGAAGAUAUUGCAAGAGAAUCAAGAAAUUUAAUCACCGCUGAUAAAGAAGAUAUUAGUGACAUUAACGCGGACGUGUUACCCGAAGCUUAUACUAGACGAAAUGAUGUUUUAAUUGAGACGUCUGAUGUGGACGCUGUUAAAGAAGAAAAAGAAGUAACAAAGGAAGAAGUCAAUGAGCAGAAACCCAAUAUUGAUAUGGCAGAGGCCGGAAAUAAUGAAGUACAGAAUAAACCGAUUGUCACAAAUGCAAUACAAAAUCACAAAAAUGAAAUCCUCAACAGUUUGGAAGCAGUUCAUUUAAACGAACUCAGUGACGAACUUGAAUCAGCUCACAAUGUAAAUAAUAUCAUAGCUUCAGAUAGUGACAAUGAUAACACAAUAAAAACGAUUGAAAUUGAAGAUGAUGAUGUUGUACAAUCAGUUGAGGUGGAUAAAAAAGAGAAUGUCUUGGAAUCAACAAUAAAGGAGAACGAUAGUAUUAUCGUGAAUUCUACAGAGGAAGAGAAACGUAGCAAUGUAAUCGAAUCAGACGAAGUAGAAGAAAAACAAAAAGAAACCAAUAUAGUUGAUUCCGUUGAAAAAGAUAACCAUGAAAAUGUCAUGGAUUCAAAGGAAGAAGUACAAGAGAAGGAAAAUAAUGUCAUUAAAGCACAUGAAACGUCAACUGAUGAAACACAACAUGCUGAAUCUAUUAAAGCUAUUGAAAUUGAGAGCAAUGCAGAUAUUGGAAAAAAUUUGGAUGAAGAUAAAGACAUAGAUCCUGUUAAUGUGAGUGAAAAUAUAGAAAAUGAUAUUGAAGAAAGCAUACACGAUUUGUCAGAAGAAGAGAAGACCUCACAUAAAGUUUCAGAGAAUAUUAAUAAUUUGAAUGAAAAGUACGAAGUAAUAACUCAAACCACACCAGCCAAUGAUAAAGAAAAUAAUUCAGAUGAAAUUAUGACUGUUGUGUUGAAAGAAACUUUAACGACAAAUGAUGAAUCUGGUGACACCUCCGAAAUACAUCUUUCGGAUUUAGAAAAACCUGAAUCGGAUGACAAUAUUAAUUCAACAGUCGAACAAAGUAAACACAAUAUAAUAAAGAAACCAGGAGUUGAAGCAGUUACCAAUGACAUACAACCUGACGAAGUGACAACUGUUCUGCCAGACACUAAUGCAAUACAAAGUGAAGACGAAGAAACUCACAAACAAGUGGUGGAAGAAACUAAUAUGCGAGAAGAAGCAUCUAAUGAGAAUCAAGAAGGAGGAAAGUCGGAAGCUGUUGAAAGCAUUGAAGAAAAUGUAACACCAGUAGGUGUUGAGAUUCCACCAUUUGUCGUAGAUGAACCUACACUUGACUCAUCGAAUACAGCUCGACCACAAAUUGAAGAACAAGAAAAGGACAAUGAAAACAUUGAAAUCUCCAAUGAAAUGGAGGCGAAAGUGAAAACAGAAGAUAUUAACAUAGAAGAUCCAGUCGCAAUAGAAAAUGAGGACGGAACUGUUUCUGUUGGUUCUACAACAAUUGCUUCAGUUGCUGACCAAAACACCGAAUUACAUACAGUUGAAGUUAAUACUGAGAUUUUACCACCAUCCACAAAAGGAUCACGUUCAAUUUACACAGCUAAUAAUGGCGUCGAAGAUAGUGCCAGUGCUCUUUUCGAUGCUGACCAUUUGUAUAAUAAUAAUUUGGCAGCAGAAAAUUCUGCUGAUAUUGAUAAGGCGCUACUAACGCGCAACGUCCAUGACGACAGUUCACAUCGCUCCGCCAUUAUCAUCGUUAUCUGUUCCAGCACAGCAUUCCUGUUCAUUGUCAUCUCGGUGACUAUUUUCCUCAUAUCAUUCCAACGUCAACAUGGCACAUUGGAUAUUGAAAUGCAGGAGCAACGCUGCGGUAAAGAUGAUCUGGACGAGGAAGACGCCGAAACGCAUACAAAGUUGUUAGAAGUAGAAGUUCCUUCCACAGUCACCAUGUCGACAGAAGAAACUGAUGAGUGUCUGUAGAAUCUCAAGACCCACUGAGUCAUUUUAAAAACUACGAAGCAUCGAUCUAUAAUGAUCAUUCAUACAUACAAACGCAAGGACAUGUUGUUCUUUCGGAAAUCUAGACUGUUUAGCUGUAAUGAAGACCACAUCCCACUGAACCAAGGCUAUGUGCUACUUGACUUAAUACCAUUUGCCAUUAUUUUUCUUUAUUGAGAGAAAAACGUUUUUAGUAACUAAAAAAAUUUUUUUGAUUGUUUUUAAUUUUAAGGA